GAAGGUGCUGUCCUGGAGGCGCGAGACGUGGUUUCUUCGUUGAAGAAAUCAUGAAGUUUACAGUUUGGUUUGUUGGACUCGCAUGUCACCUGUCAGCAUUCGCUUUGAAGUUACUGGACUAUCGAUUCCAUCCCAAACAAGAAAACUUCAUCAGACAGCUGUCGUCUUAUGAGAUAAUCACCCCGCUCCGUAUAAAUGACUUUGGAGAAAAGUUCCCACAUUCUCUGCACUACAGAAGAAAACGGAGAAGUGCUGACUCUCAUUUUCCUGAGUUACGGGCGCAUUAUAAAAUUGAUGCUUUUGGGCAACGCUUUGACCUCAACUUAACCGCCGACUCCGAAUUUAUUGCACCGUCUUACACGGUGACACACAUAGGAGCGAAAUAUAAAAACACCACCGAUUCGCAGCCAAGCGAAUCCGAUAUGAGGCAUUGUUUUUUCCGCGGUCAUGUCAAUAAUAGAAGGACAUUUACGGCAGUCUUCAGUCUAUGCACUGGUCUUAUUGGGACGUUUACCACGCACAGCGGUGACUAUUUCUUGGAGCCCCUGAUGAAAGCAGAUGGAAGUGAGCAUGAGGAUGAGCACAGCAAGCCCCACCUGGUCUACCGGCACGAGAGGCGGCGGUCUGCACCGCAUACAAAUAUCCAUCUCCAAGAUCAAACUGCCCUUCACUGCAACAGAAGUAUUGAUGAGGAAGUGAGUUCUGUUCAGGAAGCGGUAGAUUUCUACCACAGAAGACUGCCCUCUAGCAACUCUCAGAAACAGUCACUAUCACGGCGAAAAAGAUUCCUGUCUUAUCCCAGAUUUGUGGAGCUGAUGGUAACGGCUGACAACGAAAUGCUUCAGCACCACGGACACAACUUAGAGCACUACAUACUCACAAUCAUGUCAGUAGUGGCUGCCAUCUAUAAAGACCCGAGUGUGGGCAACCUGAUCAACAUCAUCAUUGUAAAGCUGGUGGUCAUCCAUGACGAACUGGAAGGGCCGUCAGUCAGUUCCAACGCUGCUGCGACUCUCCACAACUUCUGCGUGUGGCAACAGACCCAGAACGUCCAAGAUGACAGCGACCCCUCGCACCACGACACAUCGCUCCUUAUUACCAGGAAAGAUAUCUGCAGGACAAAGAACAAGUGUGAUACGUUGGGUCUGGCAGAGCUUGGGACGAUGUGUGACCCUCAGCGGAGCUGCUCCAUCAGUGAGGAGAACGGCCUGAGUACCUCCUUCACCAUCGCCCAUGAGCUGGGCCAUGUGUUCAAUAUGCCCCAUGACGACAACUCCAAGUGCCGGGAGGCAACAGUGAAACUGCAGUUGAAUGUCAUGGCGCCGAUGCUCAACUACGACACCAGUCCCUGGACCUGGUCCAAUUGCAGCCGCAAGUACAUCACAGAAUUCCUGGACACGGGUUACGGGGAAUGUCUCCUGGACGAGCCAUCUGGCAGGCCCUAUCUGCUGCCCCGUGAGCUACCAGGCCAGCUGUUCAGUGCCAACCAGCAGUGUGAGCUCAUUUUCGGACCCGGAUCCCAAGUUUGCCCCUACAUGAGGCAGUGCAAACGGCUGUGGUGCACCACCGCGGAGGGGGAGAAUCGAGGCUGCCGCACGCAGCACAUGCCCCUGGCUGAUGGCACUCACUGUGGUCAGGCAAUGCACUGCAGGCGUGGAGUCUGCGUGCACAAGGAGGCAGAGACAAGGCCCGUGAAUGGGGGGUGGGGCCCCUGGGGGUCCUACAGUGCCUGCUCCCGCUCCUGCGGGGGGGGCAUUCGGAGUGCCACCAGAAGCUGUAACAGGCCUGAGCCCAAGAACGGAGGCCGGUUCUGCGUGGGCCGCAGGAUGCGGUUCCGCUCUUGCAGCACUGAUCUUUGCCCCCGCGGCCGGAGGGACUUUCGCGAGGAGCAGUGCGCCCAGUUCGACGGACGGCACUUCAACAUCAACGGCCUUCCACCCACCGUGCGCUGGGUUCCCAAGUAUAGUGGGGUCCUGCUGAAGGACCGGUGCAAGCUCUUCUGCCGUGUUGCCGGAUCGACGGCAUACUACCAGCUGAGGGACCGUGUGGUGGACGGCACACCAUGCGGCACUGAUACCAGCGACAUCUGCGUCCAGGGCCUCUGUAGGCAAGCGGGCUGUGACCGCGUGCUCAACUCCAAGGCCAGGAAGGAUCGCUGUGGAGUGUGUGGUGGGGACAACUCCUCCUGCAGGACCGUGAGUGGGACCUUCAGCAUCGCUCAGUACGGCUACAGUGUCGUGACUCAUAUCCCUGCGGGGGCCUCCAACAUCGACAUUAAGCAGCUCAGCUACUCAGGGAAACCCGAGGAUGACAACUACCUCGUUUUGUCUGACAGCCAGUCAAACUUCCUUCUGAAUGGGAACUUUGUGGUGGCCAUGUUCAAACGGGAGAUCAAGCUCAAGGGGGCUGUGAUCGAGUACAGCGGCUCGGACGUCGCGGAAGAGCGGAUCAACUGCAGCCAGAGGAUCCGGGAAGAGUUGGUGCUGCAGGUGUUAUGUGUGGGGAACCUGCACAGCCCCGACGUCCACUAUUCUUACAGCGUCCCUGUGGAGCGGCUGAGCCAGCGGUACCUGUGGGAUCCCAGCGGCCCCUGGCUGGACUGCAGCCGCAAGUGUCAAGGUGAACGGCGGCGCCGGGCAGCCUGUGUGCGCGAGAGUGACCGCCUGGUCGUGUCCAGCCAGAAGUGCCAGUACCUGCCGCGGCCGCAGGACACAGCGGAGGCCUGCAACGCCGACUGCGAGCUCAGGUGGCAGGUAUUGGGCAGGAGCGAGUGCUCCUCCAGGUGUGGCCCCGGCAUCCUCACCCGGGACGUCCGGUGCGUGAGGUACACCCUAGGAGGACCCAAUCAGCUGGAGUCGGAUCAGGCCUGUGCCCACCUGCCCAAGCCCCCUGCACGUGAACCCUGCCACGGACAAUGUCUCCAGCAGAGCUGGCACUAUGGGGCCUGGUCCCAGUGCUCCAAGAGUUGUGGGGGCGGCUCCAGGACCCGAAGCUCGUACUGCACAGACCACCUGGGCCGCCGCCUGGCGGAGCGGCAGUGCGCCGGCGUUCCGCGCCUGGAGGCGGAGCCCUGCAGAGAGGAGGCGUGUCCCGGCUGGCUGGUCAACGAGUGGAGCGAGUGCCUGGCCACGUGUGGGGUGGGCGUCAGACGCCGGCAGGUACACUGUGCUCGGGACCAGGAGAGGCUGAGUGACUGGAUGUGUGACCACGGCACCAAGCCCUCUGCCGUGGGCCCCUGCCAGCUCCCACAGUGUGCCUCCUGGCAGGCUGGCCCCUGGGCCCCGUGUCCUGUCACCUGUGGGCGGGGCUACCAGAUGAGGGCGGUACACUGUGUGUCUGGGAUCCAUGGGCGGACAGUCAGCGACCGUGAGUGCAACGCAGCCACCAGGCCCAUUGACAGCCAGGACUGUGAUGUCUCCACCUGCCCCCCAUCGGCCCCCGCCCUCAGCACCGCACAGCCUUCUGACGUAGGACAACCCCGACCUCAGUGGCGUUAUGGAUCCUGGACUGCGUGCUCCGUCUCCUGUGGGAGGGGCCUGCGGGCUCGUUAUGUCAGCUGCAGGGACCCCCUUGGGGAAAAGAUGGACGAGUCGUCCUGUGCUUACCUGCCCCGCCCUGCGGAGUCCACCGCCUGUUUCAGCCCAUGUGGCCAGUGGCGGGUCGGAGAGUGGUCCCCCUGUUCAGUGACGUGUGGUGUGGGCCAGUACAAGCGGAAGGUGAUGUGCUCCACCUACAGCCACCAGGUGGAGGACAGCUUCUGCUCUGCCGACGAGCGGCCCAGCGCCAUGCAGGAGUGCAGGGGAGUGCCCUGCCCCUCCGUGUACCACCUGGCACCUCAGGGUCCGACUGACCCACACACUCACCCCGGACACAGCAGCAGGAAUGUCACUCCUGUCAUCCACCAGUGGCGGACGGGCCCUUGGGGAGUUUGUUCCCAGACCUGCGGGGGUGGAUUCCAGCGUCGGGCAGUCGUGUGCCAGGAUGCGGACGGGCGCACCGCUAGCCAAUGCGAGCCAAGGGUGAAGCCAGCGGAGUCCAGGAGCUGCGACUUGGGACCCUGUCCCCAGUGGGUCUACGGCGUCUGGGGAGAGUGCACCCAAACCUGCGGUGGGGGGCAGCGUUCUCGUCUCGUGGUUUGCCAGCAGUCAUAUGGCCAAAGCCUGAACGAGCACAGCUGCAGCACUGUGGAGCGUCCAGCGGAUGUGGAGCGCUGUAACAUGCAGCCGUGCCCGGGGGGAACUGCGUGGCCCAGAAGACCAUGGAAACCAGCGCGAUGACGGACGUGUCCCCCUCCCUGAUCCAACUGGAGUGGUAGCUCCCGGUAGCACGCCUAGUGGAUCACUGAGCCAGCCAAUGGGAAGCCCAGGGGUUCUUUGGCCCAGCCAAUGGGAAGCUGCGGUUGACAUUAACCUGGAAACCCUCAGAAGUGUGUGGCCUCACAGUAAUGGUGCUCGGAAACUGGGAAUCACAAAUUUAGCCUAUUGUGUCCAGUACUGAAAUAUUUAAAUGACUUAUAUUGGAUAUUUGAAUUGUAAAGUGCAUGUCUUGUACUAUUAGCAAAGUAUAUGUGUAUAUUUGUGUAUAAGAGUUUAAUUUUAUUACCUUUAUUAAACAGCAAUAUGGCUGUUGUAUAUACUGUACUAUAUAUACUGAAUACCAGAGGGGGGUAAUUCAGAUUCUUAAAAAGUACGAAUCCAGACCAAGAUUUUGUUUCAAACAAUUUGUUCAGUAUAAAGAGUCACAGUCUCUAAUUACUCAACUGGUUGGUUGAAACAAAAUCUUUUGUCUGGAUUCGUACUUUUAUAUGGACUUUCCACCUUUGCUGAAUACACUGUACAAAGAAUAUGUAUAUAAUAAAUAUAUAUAAUCUUUGUACAAUAUUUAAUAUUUAAUAUGUGUUAAUAUUCAGUAUGUUCUUAAAGUUGGUUUUAUACAUAUUAAACUGGUGCUCUGAGGCCCUGAAGAAGUUAAGUAAUUUGAAAACGGUGCUCAAUCUCUAUCGGGGUGAAUGUUUUUAAGUAGCCCAAUAAAAAGCGUUAUUCUUUUCUCAGACGUAGUUUAUGAAAGUGGAUAAAAUAAAAUACAGAAAUUAGUCAUGACAAAGAAGGUCUAUUAAUGGCGUGUAAGACACGCUUCAUAACCAUAAAGGCAGAGCGUAGCGGCCUUUCGCGACUGAAUUACAUGAAUGAUCCUCUGUCUCUCGGUGCUGUCUUAAAGUGAACCUUAAAGUGAAUUUCAGUGACAUUAUCCUAACAGCGCAGUCUGAAUUUGCUUAGUGUAAAGAGGCCAUUUAAUGUAGCAGCUGGACUGUUAAUGAUGUUAAUGUCGACUCAUGUGCCUGCAGGUAUUGAUUCUCUUAUCAAAUUGUGAAUUGCCUAAUGUCUCUGACCAAAUGUCACAAGUCCUGUGCUUAUGGAAAAUGCAACUCAGUACCUCUGCCAUGUACCUUUUUCGUUCUGUUUCACGUAAACCAAAUCUGUAAAGGACCAGUAUCUGCACAUUUUAUUUAUUCCUUAAAAUUUAACUAAUUAUUUUUUUUCUCCCUCUGCCUGCUGGGGCCCUGUUUCAUGAGGAGUUCCUGCUUAGCCAGAUAACUUGUCGGAUUUAAGGCCGUCUGGGCUAUAUGGACUUUGCGCUAAAUGUAAGUGAAGAGAUAAAGCCCAUGUAGCCCAGACGACCUUAAAUCCAGAGCAAGAAAUGCUGCUGCCUGAAACAGACUCCAGGUCCCAGUCUUUCUUGUGUGGUGCUUUGCUCUUAGGUAGCCGGAUGUUGCCUCUGUAUUAAUUACAAUCUUCUUGCAGCCAUUUUUUAAUGUAUUUAUUUCAUGUUAAAUAUGUACUGUGAAAAUUGAUAAUAAGAAAAUUGCUGCAGAAUUUGCACAAUUUCCUGUUGGUUUGUGUCUGACAUACUUGGCUUAUUUGGUCUGAAUCCAUUACUUUUAGGAACCAGAAACAUCUGGCUAUAUUAGGGUGACCAGAUAAUCCAUGUCAGCGAGGACACUGUGAGCUACGACAGGAUUCGUAAACCACCAUUUUGACUAAAAGGACCUGGAUUACACUUUAGCACUGAGUUAUUGCUGUGUGCUGAUUGGUCAGUCUCCUAUAAUCAUGCAUGUGUCACUAACGUUAAUGUGAAACAGCUGGAUGAGUCUUUCAAACAAGGAAACGAACCAGUCAAAGCAGAAGAGGAACCGAACUAUUUAUCCAAGCACAGGAGACUUUCAGUUUUAAAGUAGCUUGUGAAACUGGAAGUAGCUCAUCGUGGAUUAUCUGAUUACUCUAGGCUAUAUCAUUUAUGUUGUUUGUCGUGUGCAUUUGGCAAAGAGCUGCAACGUCAGAUUGGUGGUGCAGCCAGAUAAAGGCAGGGAUCCCUCUGCAUUAAGCUCAGCUGAAGGUUCAGGAUAUGGAGCUGUUGACAGCCAUGGUGGCCAUUAGGGGAGGUGCGGGGGGAGGUACAUUCAUCACGUCUCCCGAACGGGAGCUCAAGGACCGGCACUGCUCUUCUGUAACAUCUUCACUUUUUCCUUAGACAAAUUCAUUCAAAUUCGCGAGAUGAUGAUGUCGUGCACAUAGGAAUAGGAUGGGACAGUGUGAACAAAGCGGCCAUAUUUGUUUUGGUACAUGAAGCCGAUUAGAGCAUGGAAUGGUGGGGGAAGUGCUGGGUUUUGCUGUGAGACUCUGGGCCAGCUGCUGCAGCUCAGUGCCUGUCACCAUCCCCAGAGGAAGAUAAGAUAAACGGGGAGCUCAGGGCUCACACGGGACACGGCACAUGCGGCAGGAGUCUAGCCUGGGGCGGUCAAAGUGUAUUUAUAUGAUUUCAAAGGACAGGAAGGUGGCUAUAGGAGCAGCUUCUUCUGGGGGAGAACUUUAGAGGGACAUUUUAUUACUCUACACACGAUGUAAUCUGUUUGAGAAAUGGAUCUAAAGGAGAUGUUUGGAUUGCUCUGAAUGCGACGUCCUGCAUAUGAAUGCAUUCAUCAUUCAACGGGCCCUUAGGCAUUACAGCAAAUGUAUGAUCUGACUUUUUUUUUCUACCUGUAGACUGGAUUGAUUAUACCCCAUCGCUACAUUUCACAUGUCUGCGCUAGUUUUUAUAUGGAGGACACAAAAUCCUUUGUAAAUUGUAAAUUGCAGAAAAAUACAUACAAACUUGGUGCCAUGUUUUU